UCGAGUCGAGUAGAGCCGAGCCGAACCUCUUGGAAUCAGUCUGAGACGUGGCCCCAUCGCAUCCUUUUCGUUUGUUACGGUAUCCUUGUGCACAGCUACCACUUGUUGAAAUCGAACGAUCUUAUCAUGCAUCGUCGUAAUUAAUAGCUCGAUACAUCGAAAUGACUACGUUUUGAAAUCACAUAUUUUAAUUAUAUAGUGAAACAUCGUGGUUCAUCGAUUGCGCGGAAACACGUUUUCUUUUGUUGUGUUUCACCACCAAAAGUGGAAUCACUUGUAUAAUCUUGUUUUUUUCUUGGUUAAUAUCGUUCCAGAAGUGCUAGUUUAAAAUCUAUAAUCUUGGUGCAAUGAUUUUGUGUAACACUGAAAGAUCAACUGGAAGUUUAGCAGAAAAUAUUUAAAAGUAAUGUAUAGUUCAUGCGCAAGUUGUGUGCAUGAAUGCGAUUAGCAUAUCUCAAAGAUCGCAGAAACUUUUAACUUUUUGGAAUUACUUAUAAACAUUGAAAUUCAGAUAUCGGAUCUGAAAUAUAAAAAAUGAAAAUUGGAUUCAUCAAUCAACGGGACCUAUCCAAUGCAAUGUGAUUUCGUAAUGACUGUGAAUUGUUUAAAAACAAGUCGAAGAACGUAUUAUGUUGGAAAGUGGCUUAUAGUUCAAGAUUCUGGAGAAUGUCAAGUUUCUACAAGAUGAGAAAAAAUAUUCUAUACACAAAUUAUUGGCUUCUAUGAAGGGAGAAAUUAAUUAAUGAGAGGUGUCCAUGCCGAGUGUUAAGAAAAAUCAACUGGAUGAUCUUAGGAGCGCGAGAAGAAAAUUCUCAGUGGUAUCAGUUCUGUGGAAUACAACGAAAGUUAUUAUACAGUCGAGGCUGCAAAAGUGACACGUUCGUGUUUGAAAAUGUCAUCAAGUACACGUACCAUGAUAAUGUCAGGACUGAUUUUAUUGGUAUUAGCAAUAGUAUCAUUCAGGGAAGUGCAAGGACACGUUGCCUUGACUUUUCCACGAGCGAGGAAGUAUGACUUGGAUUUUUUGGACAAUGCUAGAACACCUGGCCCAUGCGGAAUGCCUCGUGGUGAUAUUAAAACUACUUUAUUAUCUGGGAGUAACUUCAACGUCACAUGGCAUCUAGCUUAUCCUCAUCGAGGUGGAUUUCGGCUGCAAAUCUUGGAUGCUCUCGAUAGACCAUUAAUUGAUUUAACUCCUGUGACGAAAAAUAGUGAAUUCGUUGAAGAUGAUGCUACGGCACAGAAUUAUGCCGUGCAAUUACCUCAAAAUUUUACGUGUACAGAUUGCACAAUUCGGCUUCUUCGAGAAGCUGAGGAAUGGGGUUCAAGUUACAGAUUUUGGUCUUGUGCAGAUAUCGAUAUCAUUGAUAGAAAGACAUAUAGAGAAGAUUGCAGCGGUCAUGGUCGAUAUCUAUUAGGUAGAUGUAGAUGUGAUCGGCUAUAUCACGGUAUAAGGUGUGAAUUUAAGGAGGAAUGUCUGGACGAUUCAGACUGCGGUAUUCAGGGCACGUGCAUUAACAAUGGCGGCACAACCGCGCCCACCAAGCAUUGCUACUGCAACAUCGGUUGGUUCGGGCCGGGUUGUGCAAAAAGAUCUCCAAUUAAAACUAUAGAUGUAGAAUUGGAUAUUUAUACUAUGAAAAAGUUUUCUGACAAUUUUACUUUUUAUUGGCGUAUAUUAAAAGAAAGCAAAGAACUCGAGGGCAUUAUGGUAGUAAAUGGUACAAAUUGGGUCGGUGUUGGAUGGCGACCAAGUAAUAUAAUGCCAAUUUGUCGUUCUUUCCCUGAUAUUCAAGAACAUCCAAAAGGUGAACCGCUUCCACGACCAGAACCAAAAGCAGAACCAGAACCAAAAACUGAACCCAAACCAGAAUCUGAACCAGAACCUAAAUCUAAACUUAAACCUAAAUCUGAACCUGAAUCUGAACCUGAACCUGAACCAGAACCUGAACCUGAACCAGAACCUGAACCAGAACCAGAACCUGAACCUGAACCUGAACCUGAACCUGAAUCUGGAACUGAAAAAUCUGGUACCAGAAGAAGAUCAGCUAAAGUUCAUGAUAUUGCUUCUUUGACUUCAACUCUUCAACCUGAUACUGAUGUCACAGUGCAAACCAGUGUGACAUAUCGUGUCAGUACAAAGCAAGGACGCAAGAAAAGAUCACCAGAAUCCACAGGAAUUUCUGCAAACGGGGAACUCAUCGCCGAGCCGAGCACUGUUGACAACACGAACAUUACGUCUGAACCUAUAUCAGAACCAGAACCUAAAUCCGAGCCUGAACCCAGCCCAGAAUUAGAGCUGAAAUUCAAACUGAAAUCAACUUCAGUGCCUGAAUCAACAUUCCAACCAGAAUUCAAGUCUGAAUCAGAACCUAAUUCUGAACCCGAACCUAAACCCGAAUCAGAACCCAGCUCUGAACCCGAACCCAAAUCCGAACCAGAAUUGGAGCCGAAAUCUGAACCAGAACCAAAAUCCGAACCGGAACCUAGUUCCGAACCAGAGCCAAAGUCUGAACAGGAACCUAAGUCAGAACCGGAACCAAGUUCUGAACCGACUUCGGAACCAGAAUCGAUUUCGAGUCUCAAAUCAAGCGCAACGAAAGCUAUCCUACCUGAAACGCACAAGUAUACGCCAAAACACGAUUUCAACCCUAUGGACUGCACAGACAUUAUAAUAGGAUCAGCACGAGGUAAUAGUCACAGGAUUGGUGACUAUUAUACUAGAGAUAGAUCUACACCAAGAAAAGACGAAUAUUGGGGUGGAAGAGAUACAUUGACUGCUGCAAUGGGCUUUGAACGCAAUGGCGUUACAACGAUACUUUUUAGAAGAAAAUUGGCAACAAAUGAACCAACUGAUUAUGAAAUUAUUGAUGGUAAUAUGCAAGUGAUAUGGGCUAAGGGACAAGAAUCUGGAAAAUAUAUUCAUCAUCCACCGAGUGGCAUUGAAAAAGCCAAAAUUAGUGUGAAAGACUUUUACAAGGCUGACGAACUUAAAUAUCAUGGACAUGGAGAACAAAGAGGAACAGUGACGCUUAAUUUCUUUGAUGAAAAGAAGAAACAAGAAAUGAUAAAUGAAGAUGGUGUACCAAUGCCAAUUUCAAAUUGCAGCGGUGAGUGGCAUUAUCCGAGACAUUGUUCAUCUACAAAUGGUACUUGUGAAUACUCUAUUCAAUGGACAUACAAAGGACGAAAGGAUCAAUUAUCAUUUGUUAUUUCCACAACUAAUACAAAUGUUUGGACUGGUGUUGGAUUCUCUGAUGAUGAUAAAAUGUCACAAACAGAUGCAAUAUUGGGUUGGGUUGACGAAAAAUCGGGUCGAGCUUUUCUCAUGGAUACUUGGAUCAGCGGAUAUAAUGCUCCGUUGCUCGAUCCAUCUCAAGAUAUUUAUAAUACGGGCGGUAGUAAAGUGGAUGGUGUAACGACACUCAAAUUCUCAAGGAAACGAAUAACAAAGGACAAUAGAGAUCUUUCUUUCACAGAUGAUCACUGCUUAUAUAUGAUGUACCCAGUCAAGGGUGGUAUUUUCAAUGCUGUCAGCAAGAAAAUACGUAAACACGACGCUGUGCCUAUUGUUUCCGCUGAAAGGAUCUGCAUAAAAUCUUGUGGUCUUGAAGAAUUUGAAGAUCUUACGACACCAACACCUCCAAGAUUAUAUUAUGAUGUGGAAGUGAAACUCAUAAAUUUGGGUGAUGGUUUUACAGCGCCUAUUCCGGGUAGUUCAGAUUUUGAAAUUAUUUCAAAUACGAUAUCUGAUAGCUUUGGUCCAGUUUUUAACAAAUUACCAGGCUAUUAUCAAAUCCGUCUCGUUGAGUUACAGAAGGAUAAUGAGCAAAAUGGUGUUAUUGCACGCAUGGAUCUGAUCUUAGAUAAAAAUGAAAUCAAAGGUAGAUCAUUGAAACCUAUAGAUACCAGCGCAGCUGCAGAAAAAGCAUUAAAAGAAGCUCUCAUUACUGGAAAAGUCGGUGCAUUAAGUGUAGAUCCACAAUAUUUGUUUAUUAGAGCUCCUCGAGUAAAUGAUAUAGGUGGAGGAGAUACGAAUGAAGAAUCGUCAAUCACAUCGAAUCUAUUUCUUGAUUCGACAAAACUAUAUAUCGUCGUUGGAUGUGUUGCUGCUUUGCUUGCUCUUGUUUUAUUGCAAGCAAGCUGUACUCUUUAUAGAUCGUCGAGGAGACGAGCGACGAAGGAUCGUUUGAUCGCCAAUAAUGCUUGGAAGGACUACGCUUCAGGUGCGAACACAAAUUUUGCUUUCGAGGCAUUCGAGACAGAAGAAAAGGCUCCACCACCGCCAGUUUCCAGUUUACCUCGUCAUAGAGAAAUGACUGGAAACGGAAUCGGCACAGAUACUGUGGAAGGCCCUAAUAGGAUAGUAGGGCCACGAGCGACAUAUAGUUUGCCACGUGCACCGGGUUCGAGGCACACAGCACCCAUUCAACCUGGUUAUUAUACACAAGAUCGCAGGGAUCAUUAUCAACGAUCGAAGAAUAAUAUGCAUAAUUUAACAGGCGGUGGUGUAUCCACUCAACCGAAUCAGCCUGAUUUUUAUUUUAUGCCCAGUCAACGUAAAUACAGUGGUGAAGUUGUGCGCGUGUACGUGGAUUAUGGAAGUCAGGCGCCGAAAUAAUUGAAGGAAGCAUAUUAGAAUUUAAAAAAACGAACGAUAAGAAAAUGCAUCAGUGACAGUGCUGCCCUCUUUUCAGCCUUUCCUCGUUCAUAAAUCCAAAGCGGACGAUUAAUAUAUCUCGCUUCAGUGAAGCGACAUUGUACAUAAAACGUGUUUAGUGGACCUGGAGAAAACGAGACUUCGAAACGAGCCCUUUCCUCCGGUGCUUCUUUAAAUAUUUUUUUUUCCUUUUGUUUUUUUUUUUUUUUUUUUUUAUUUGACGGAUCGUUGUUCUAUUAUUUUUUCCCGUUGUCGUAUUUGCUCGAUUACAUGCGAGUGUCGAACGGGGGCAACACGCACGGUUUCGUUUAAAAGAAUUACGCAGAAGUGGCGCUUACGACCAAAGAGUUAUCGAUAAGGCGCACUCGGUGCGCGGUUCUGUACAAAAGCGCGUGAAGAAACACACAACACAAUAUCACUGUAAUUCUCGAUGCGUAUCCCGAUACGUGUGGAAUGUAUCCAAAUUCGUGCGUCAUUACAGCAAUAUUUUACAUGUAUUUACGAGCAAGCAUGGAUGUUUUGAGCAAUAAAACAUUUGUACAUUUUUCUAAUUGAAUGCAUGCUUUUUUUUCUCAAGGAUAAACAAAUUUCAUCAAAAUAACCCGUUGAAAGGAGGAUUUUGUUUCUGUUUCGUAUUACUAUUAAUGUUAGUUAUGUUUAUAGUGACUUUUUUUAUCAUACUGUUUAGUUAGUUUGUAAAAUAGAAUUGAGAUUGAAGUUUAAACUGUCUUUUUAAAGAAAUUUCUUUUUUUAAAUGCAAUCACAUGUUUCUGCAUAAAAGCGACACAAAUAUAUAUGUUUAAUAUUAUCUAUAAAAUGUUAAGGUGAAAUAUUCCAAAUAUAUAUUUUGAUUUAGGUUUUGCAUAUCUCAUCGAUGAUAAAUCAUGCAUAUUUCAUUUAUAAAUAACAAAAUAUGGAAUAAAUGAAAGAAGUAAAAUAAUUCGAAGAUAUCAAUCUAUGACUAUAUAUAAUAUCAACAAUAGUGUUGAUAAUUAUAAUAAUGACAUUAGAAAUAAGUAAACAAGACCUUGUAAAUAGUAUCUGCUAAAAAGAAUUUUCAUUGUGUAUCUGAAUCUCAUUUUGCUACUCCUUAAAUGGAUUAUUAGAAACUGUAAUACUUACAAUGACGAUAUUGUCAAUAAGACAAUCGUGUUGGUACGGAUCAUAAAUUAUUACAAUAGUGAUAAAAUUAACGAUAAUACUUGUAAUAAUCAUAAUAACGAUAGUAGCAGCAGUAAUAACGAUGGCAAUAAUAUUACAGUAUUAAUAUUACAUUAACGUCAUUAACAACGGCGUCGCGCGCAAUGACUUCCGACUUAUUCUUCAUGAGCGAUGGAAUAUUCAAGAUCAAUAUAGUUAAUAAUAAUAAUAACAAUAGUAAUAAUAAUAGUAAUAAUAAUAUAAUUAAUAAUAAUAAUAAUAAUAAUAGUAAUAAUAA